AUCAUCAUUGUUUAACUUUCGACAUCUGAACACCUGAAGUUUCCGGACAGUUUGUUUUGCCUGAAAAAGUCAUUGCAAGACUACAUUCAACAUGGAAAUAACCAUCACUAUGCUGAGUGGGUCUCACACCGUGAGGGUGAACCCACAGGACACAGUUGGCUCUCUGAAAAGAAAAAUCCAGAGCAUGCUGGAAGUCGACCCUCAGAGGCAGAGGCUAAUUUUUAGCAAUGGUCACAGGACCCCACUCAGCGACGACUCCAAACCCAUCAGCCACUACGGCCUACAGCAGGGCUCCCAGGUGUCUCUGCUGGUUAUCGAGCCUGCUCCCAUCCAGGUGAUCCUCAAAAAUGUAAAGGGACAGACGAGCACCUACGACAUCCAGCCCGACGAGACUGUGAGCAUCUUCAAGAGAAGAGUCGAGAGCAGAGAGGGUUUGCCUGCGAGCCAGCAGAGGCUCAUUCACGAAAGUAAGGAGAUGCGGGAUGGCAACAAACUGGCGGACUACAGCGUUGGAAACCAGAGCACCAUCUACAUGAGUGAACGUCUGAGAGGAGGCUGA